AUGGAACGAAGUUUCUUUGAUUAUGUUAAUUUAUCAGUUGCACGUUACCAUCAAUUUAAUAAAAUUCUUCGUUUUCUUCCAUUGAAUGAUAUUCAAUCACUUUCAAUUAAUAAUGAAACAUGUUCACUGCAACUAACUUGUUGGCCUUAUCUACCUCGUUUGAGAACUUUACGUAUCAUUGGUGUCUACAAUCAUAAUGAUCUUUUGAUUUUUCUUUUACUUCAUGCAGCCACACUCACUCAUCUCAUUAUGAAAUCAAACGAAAGAUUGAUUCCGGAUGGUUUCUCAAUUAAAUUCAUAUAUACAAUAGCGGAUAUUGCGAAGUUAAUAAAAAAUAUUUUUUUUAUUCGUUUGCCUGCACUUCGAUCGCUUGAUUUGGGCAUGAAUUAUUAUGGAACAUGUUGGCCUAUUACUACUGCAGUAGUUCCACUUACUUAUCUGCGUCUUGAUUUUCCAUGCAUGGACACUUUACUUCGUCUUAUAUCGACAACACCACUCUCUGACACAUUACAUCAAUUACAUGUUAAAAUAGGUGAUAGUCGUUCUCCUGUAUCAAUCUCUAAUCUGUCUAUUCGAAUGAUUAAUUUACGUACAUUUACUCUUGUUCAAGCAUUUUUCUCAAUGUUAACAAUUGAAUGGACAAUUUUCGAAAUAUUGACAUCUUCAAAUAUAAUGCCUGUUCUUCAACGUGCUAAUGUGUCUCUUUUCAUUAAUUUUAAUGAUUUAAAUCGUAUUUGUUCAUCAGCAUUUUUUACUGAUCAUCGUCAUAUUGAUGUUCAUUUCGCUUUUAAUCUUAUUAAUUGUCCUCAAUAUAUCCAAAUGACAGAAUAUAUUCCACAUGGUAAUCGUUUUCAUCCACGAGAAAUUGUUGGUGUGACAUUUCUUGUUAAUCAUCUGUCUGACAGAUCAGAAUGGCUCACUGAUGAUGAUCCUUUUAAAGAAAAAGGAAAUCUUUGUUAUUUUCAUAAUCUAACUCCUGUAUCUAUACGUUAA